GGUUGUUAGUGUUAUUACUAUCGCAAUUUUAGUCACGGUGAUGACGUUUGAAUUAACGCAUGCGCGUUCGCGCACUUUGCAUUUUGCGCGGUUUUUUUGACAUCUAGGCAAAGUGAAAACUCUUUUUUGAACAAUUACCGUUUGUUAAGGGUAACGUGAAAUUAAAGAAUACUGAUUUGUAUAUUACAUUUUCUCCAAAUAUCCUCAAAGUUUUUAUUAUUGAAAAUGCAAUAAGCUAAUUAAUUAAUUAAUUAAUGUUAAAUAAUUAUAGUUUCCGUGAAAUGCUAUGAAUGAAGCAUUGGUGCAUGACGUUUGUCACAUACUUAGACGAUUAUUUAAUCCUUGACCAAUCGAGUAGUCCUGACGACUAACCUAAUCGACACGGCGAUUUAGUAAUAGUUACUAUGUCCAUUACAUUACGACACUAAGCCUUCGCACCCGUGUUAGACAUGGUCAGUUAUAAUUAAACGAGCAACAAAUAUCGUCGUAUUAGAAAAAGUUAUCACGAAGAUUGUGUCGAAUCUGUGCAAGUAAAAAAAAAAAAUUAAUACUCGAAUAGAAUUCGAAGUUUGAAAACAAGGCGCUCGUUUAAAAUUUGUACGAAGUUGGUGUUCACUUUUAUAUUGAACAAUGGAGAUUGUAAAAAUUUUUUACGUGUGGACUGUGUUAACAUUUUUAAUAUUGCAAAGUGUGCUGGUUGGCACAGAACAGAGUGCGUUCGAAUUACCUGUGCAAUUAGUCGGUUUCCCGUUUAUCAUUAUGGCUGUGAGAGUGACGAAUUUUAUCAAGAAAUUGUCGUACGCCCUUAGUCCAGCCACAUACCGCUCCAGAAAGCGUCGCGAGCUGACAUUCGCAAGCGAUCCAGAAACAUUUGACGUUCAGGAAGUGGAAAAAUACAUAGUCGGUGAAUUCGGCACACGGGCCUGUGUGUUCGAGCGUGUGUGUGCACACUACGCUAAGAGGGCUAGGGCACAGCCUAAACCGCAAAUGGACUGGCCUGAUGUAUUUAGCCAAUACAAACGUUCACCAGAUCAAGCGAAGGAGUUGUAUCUUCUUAGCGUAUUUCUUGGUGACAUAGUGGGCUCUCCACAGCUGUGUCACCAGCUGGGCAAACGCAGGGGCUGCGACGAUUCCUUGUUGAGAUAAUACAAAACUUUUAAAUGUCUUUUUUCAUAUUUUAAUAGCAUUCAAUGUGUACAACGUUUUUAAUUAUAAGAGAAAUGUAAUGAUUAGAAGAACUAUGACCUGAACCACAACCUGUUACCAAUAAUGUAAGACCUAUUAAAUAAAGAUUUAUUAUAAUUAUUAAUACUAUCUUGGGGAUUUCACUUUAGGGAUCGUAGGUAACCGAGUGGUAAGGCCACGUCCCGUUAUGAUAAGACAUAGAUUUGAAUCCCGCCCCAUAAGUGUUUUUUUUUAAUUUUCUAUUUACCUUUACAAACAUAUUACGAACACUUUAAACUGUUUUAUUUUGUACGUUUGAGUGUUUAUUAGUGAUUUCAUAAAGGAUUUUUUUAAGGGUGUGUGAUUAAUAAGGUGGUAGUUUAAAAAGAAAAUAUUAUUCAUAAAUCUUCAAAAAGUUUACAUGUAUAAAAGUUUUGUAUGGGACAUGAAAUAAGUAGCCUAUUCAAAGCCGAUCAAGUACAAUUUAACCUAUUUCUUUACUAUACUAUCCAAAUUAAAAUAUUAACUGUCGAAUGAAAAAACUUAUUGUAAAUAUGUUAAUAUGAAAUUAAUUUUUAAAACAUCGCUGCGUUAAAACUGUUAUAUUUUUAAUAGUUUUGAUGAUCGUAUCUUUCCUAGCCGGUGAGGUUUUAUUCCGAAAAUAUUAAAAUGGCUCGUACUGACGGAUCUCGCGUCUAUUUAACCCUUAGGUAUGGUAUGGUAUGGUUUUUAAUUAUAAUAGAGAGGCUAAGAAAUUUUUAACUAUUAAAACUAUGUAGGUGAAAAGAAAUAAAUAAAUAGGUUGUUUGUGGAUUUUGUGUUUUGUAUUUGGUGCUUUUAAAAUUAUUUGGUUAUGUAUAUUGUACGUUAUUGUAGAAGUAUGUAUAUAUAAGUAGAAAAGUAGUUUUUAUGUAUUUAGAAUUAGGCAAUAAAAAGUUACCACGUCAAUAAAUGUGAUGUAUGAUUAAGUUAAACGGUUGUAAAUAAGCACAAUUGUUAUAUAUCAUUAAUCAAGAUAAAUUUAAAAUGUAUACGACCAGUUUCACAACUUGCUCUUCUUUAUAUUUUUUCGGUGUAUUUUUUAAUACAUUAUUUGUGUUUUUAACUGUUAUUCUUAGAAGUUGUGAAACCGGCAGUUGAUAUGUUUACCUUAAGAUAGUAAAGAAAUUGUUAACUUGUAAAUUAUUUUUAUUGUUUACUAAAUAAUUAUUUUAUAAAUUUCAGAGAUACCCAAUUAGAUAGAAAAUGUGUUCACUUAAUAUAUAUAGAGAAAUUAAUCUUUGUUGUUUUAUAAUCAUUACAUAAAAUAAUAAUAUUAUAACUGUAAAAUAAAAACAUUGUUUAUUAUUAAUAUAUUUGACACAUAACGUAGCAUAAUAUACACGUUUUUAUAUAAGUUUUUAUAUUAAUCGCGCGCAUCAUAAGUUACCUACUUUGCGAUAUGAUAUUUGUUAUUAUAAGCUGUUUAGUUAUUUUAUAAUAACCGAUACAGGAAUUAUUAUUAGAUAAGUGUACUGUAAAAUCUCGUGAAUUCUUCCUCUUAGUUGCCAGUUUAUGCAGUAAUAUUGGAUCUUAUUUUGUUAUUAUGGCUGCGGGAUUUAUAAAAUUCAACCCUUGGUGAAAUGUUUACUAAUAAACUGGAUUAUUUUCAA